AUGGGGUACAUAUCAAGACUGACCACGUUCUUCGGACUCGUCCUGCUUGCCCACGCUGGCUACUCAGCCCAUGAACACACCGUUUUAUACAGUAAUGCUCGUCUCUCAUCUGCCUCGAGCGCCCUCCCCCUUGACAUUGUCAUCGAAGCCCUAGUAUCCCUGGUGAUUGUCUCGGUGGGUCUGGUAUUGGGAGCUCCCAAGCUCAAGCCCAUCAGCUGGAGCGAAUGGGCCGGUCAGAUCGAACGGGAAGGUGGAGUUAGGAAUCCCUACCGGAUGCUGGAGGAGCGGUAUAGUUUUUGGGAUGUGCGGGCUAAGAGGAAGGAGUUUGCGGAUUGGGCGAAGGGGGAGAUUCCCAAGAAGUAG